UAUGAAUCACAAUCAACUGCAGCAGAGCAAGACAAAAGCUCAAGUUUUGAGGCAGAAAAACCAGACUGGUUGUGUAACUAUCUUUCACAACAACAGCACUUUGAGAAACAAAGACUUACAAGAAAGCAACAAAUGAAAAUUUGGUACCAACAAAAUAAAGAAAAGAAAAAACAGUAUGAAAGAAAUAGGUAUCAAGAUGAUGAGAAGGCCAAAAGAAAAAAGCAGUACAUGAGAGAACAAUAUUGUAUUCCAGAGAAUGCAGAUAAAAAGAAACAGAGGAUCAGGAAAAAUUACAGUUUUCCAAAGAUUGCAGAAAAAAUGAAACGGAGUAUGAAGGAAAAUUACAGUAUUCCAGAGAAUGCAGAAAAAAAGAAACAGAGUAUGAAAGAAAAAUACAGUAUUCCAGAGAAUGCUGAGAAAAAGAAACAGAGGAUCAGGAAAAAUUACAGUAUUCCAAAGAUUGCAGAAAAAAUGAAACAGAGUAUGAAGGAAAAUUACAGUAUUCCAGAGAAUGCAGAAAAAAAGAAACAGAGUAUGAAAGAAAAAUACAGUAUUCCAGAGAAUGCUGAGAAAAAGAAACAGAGCCUCAGGAAAAAAUAUAGUAUUCCGCGGAUUGCAGAAAAAAUGAAACAGAGUAUGAAGAAAAGGUACAGUAUUCCAGAGAAUGCAGAAAAAAAGAAACAGAGGACCAGGGAAAACUACAAGAUUCAGGAAAAGUCACAAAAACAAAGAGAAUAUGUAAAACAAAAAUAUCAGAUACCAGAAACAAGAAAAAGGAAGAGAGAACAAAGUUUACAAAACUAUCACACAAAGAAAGCUAAAUCACUAACUAAUGGUGAUGGAGCACUUCAGAAAUUUAGAACCUUAUGCAAAGAAUAUCCGAUUUAUCCAUGUGUUGUAUGUGGACGGAUAAUGUUUCGUUCGCAGGUUCAUAAAUUUGUCAAGAAGAAAUACAAAAAAACACAAAUAUCUACUUUACUGAACAGUCUUUCAGCAACCACUAUCGAACAUAUUUGUGUUUUAUGUGACAAGACCAUGAAAAAUGGCAAAAUUCCAGCACAGGCCUUAGCUAACAAUAUGGAUUUCAGUACUGCUAGAGCCGAAUUAUGUGAACUUAAUAAACUGGAGAGACACCUGGUAUCUCCAGUAAUUCCAUUUAUGAAAAUAGUCAAUUUGCCAAAACAUACACAAAAAGGAAUUCAUGGACCAGUAAUUUCAGUUCGCUCAGAUAUUACGAAAGUUACGACAACUUUGCCUAGAAACAUUUCUGAUGAAUCGUUCAUCAAGGUAAAACUAAAGCGCAAGUUGUGUUUUAAAGGCCAUCAUCUCUACCAGGAAGUACGUCCUAAUAAAAUCUUCAAAGCACUUGAUUUUCUAAAGAAAACAAACCCACACUUUGCAGAUAUAGAAAUUAAAGAUGAUAUAUUUAAAAGUGGAGAAUAUCUAGAUGAUAGUGAAAACUACUCAGCUGUAGAUACCAGUGGUGCUGAUAAGGAGAGGGAAUCUGAACCUGGAAAUAAUGACCACAAUGAAAGCAACAUCAAUGCUGAAUGUGAUGAUCCUGACACAGAGGAAGAAGAGUCAACAGAAGAAUCUCAUGACUUUGCACCACCACUUGAUACAUCUCUUCAACCAUCAGACUUAACACAGUAUUAUGCUGAUCAAAAUCCAAACUCCAUAUUUUGUAUUGCCCCGGCAGAAGGAAACACACCAACAAAAGUCAUCCAUUCUGAAGGACAGGCAUUUCCAAUUCAUUUCCCAAAUGGAAAAAAAACAUACACAGACAAACGCAAUACAAAAAUAUCAUUGAAACGGUAUUUCAACACAGAAAGAAGAUGGACAGAAAUUAUGGAAGCAAUUUGUCUCCAGCAAGGCAUUGAAGUUCCUAAAGACCCUGAUUGGCAGCAGUACUACAACAUAUUGAAUAGCAACAUUGUAACUGCUACACGGAUGUUUGAUAAAAGACUUCAUGAUUUUAUUAAUCAAGUCAUUAUGAGUCCAUCCAAUCCUAUUGGUAAGGCAGAAAAAGAAUUGGGAGAGCUCAUUAAAGCUGCCCAAAGAGAGGCAAGACAGAAUAAUGAAGAGGCAAUACAGGAGCUCAGAAAGCUUGGAAAUGUAUAUCUCACCCAUCGGGAGAUAAGUGUUAUGGGAGCAGUCUACAGACUUGAUGAGACUUGGUCCCUAAUGAAAGACAGGCCUCCACUGGAAGAAGCAUGGGCUCAAGUGGCACCUAACUCAGAACAGGAUAGAAUUGAAAAUGAAGAAGAAAAGGAAUUGCUCGAUGAUGAAGAAUUUCUUUCAGCAGUAGACAUUCCUGAAAUGAAAUCUACACCACAGACAAACAAGAAUUCAUACUCACAGAAUGUGUACACGGAGCCAAAUCCCAAUACCAUGACUGAUGAAAAGCUUUUGCAGAUGUACAGAUUGCUGAAUAAAAAACAAAUGGAACUGCUCAAUUUUAUAAAAGAGUGGUGCUUGCAGGUGUUACACUAA